GGCCGGGACCGGCCCGCAAGCACAGGUCCCGUGACACCGCUUCUCCUCUAACUCCAGUCGGUAGUGCCCCUCCCGGCCUCGGUUGGGCCUCCAAGCCCCGGGCGGGGCGUUCCGGCGAGUCAGCUGUUUUUCCCCGGGGGGCAGUGGCGGAAGCCCGAGGGGCGUGGGGAGGAGCUUCGCGCGCGGGGUGAACGCCCGCCCUACGUGCUCGUUCGCUUCGCGACAGCUGAGCGCGAGCCCCGUGUCCCCGCGGCCGGCAGCAGCGGCGGCGUCGGAGGUAGGCGGAGGGGGCGGAGGGAGCCCGCGACGGCGGCGGCGGCUGCUACAGCGAAAUGGCGGAGACCGUGGCGGACACCCGGCGGCUGAUCACCAAGCCGCAAAACCUGAAUGACGCCUACGGGCCGCCCAGCAACUUCCUGGAGAUCGAUGUGAGCAACCCGCAGACGGUGGGGGUCGGCCGAGGCCGCUUCACCACCUAUGAAAUCAGGGUCAAGACAAAUCUUCCUAUUUUCAAGCUGAAGGAAUCUACUGUGAGAAGAAGAUACAGUGACUUUGAAUGGCUGAGAAGUGAAUUAGAAAGGGAAAGCAAGGUUGUAGUUCCUCCGCUCCCUGGAAAAGCAUUUUUGCGUCAACUUCCUUUUAGAGGAGAUGAUGGAAUAUUUGAUGACAAUUUUAUUGAGGAAAGGAAGCAAGGGCUGGAGCAAUUUAUAAACAAGGUCGCUGGUCAUCCUCUGGCACAGAAUGAACGUUGUCUUCACAUGUUUUUACAGGAUGAAAUAAUAGAUAAAGGCUAUACUCCAUCUAAAAUAAGACAUGCCUGAAACUUGGCAAGAAGAGGCAAAACGUGACUAUUAAUGAUUCAUACGCACCAGUGAAGAAGUUUUAACUAACUUGUAGCAUGCUGCACAGAAACUGGUAUAACAUGCCUUCAGUAUACUAACACUCAUGCUCAGUUUUGUUUUGUUUUGUUUUGGCAGUUGACAAGAAGUUAAUUUGCUUUAGUGAAAAAUCUCUCCUUCCAGCCUUUCUAUAUAAAUAGCUCUUCUGUGCUGUUUUAAUGUGGUGCACUAUAGCCUCACAAACUUGUUAUUCCAAUGUAAUCUGCAAUGUCCUAACUAAAGUUACUGACUUGGUCUUAUUUGCACAGUUUCUGUGUCAUGUUUGCUUCUUGAAUCUGAUUAAAUAGAAUAUUUCUCUUUCCCCCUUUUAAUAUGUGAUGUUACUUGACCUAAUUUAUGUGUAGGAGCACUACACCACUGGUUUCCAAUACCGCACACGUAAGAUACACACUUGUGUGCAGAAGGUUCUUCCUUCAGGCUUGUAACCCUUCACAUGGAAGAUUAAUGAGAGAAAGCUUUAUAUUCUGUAAAAACAAAAUCAAAUUUAUAUACUAAAAUCAUUUGUCUAAAAAUUUAAGUUGUUUUCAAAUAAAAAUUAAAAUGCAUUUCUGAUAUGCA